AUGAGCGCGGACGAGGACGAGUUCGUGUCGCAGGCGGGGAUGAUGGCGGCGACGAGCUCCGGGGAGUUUGCACCGCGCGGACGCACGGAGAGGGCGCUGGAUGCGAUGUUUAACGCCACUGGUUUGCACGCGGUGGCGGAUUUCCUGCGCGGGAACGCGGCGGUGGCGGUGGUGUCGUGGGCGCUGUUUCUCGUCGCGGGGGCGGCGCACGUGGCGACGCACGUCGGCGGCGGCGGAUUGGUGGAGACGACGAUGGCGGCGAACGUCAGUCGGGUGUGCACGAUUCUGGUUUACGUGUUGGCGGGGACGCCCGAGUUUGUGGACGUGACGUACGAGCUCGCGGUGGGGAACGUGAACAUUCACGUGCUCACGACGUUGGCCGUGUUCGGCACCGUGCUCUUGGGGUGCGCGAUGGAGGGCGCGCUGCUCUUGGUGCUCUUCGCCCUGGCGCACUUCGUGGAGGAUCGAUUGACGCUGCACGCUCGGGGGGAUUUGAAGGCGUUGUGGGGCACGGUGCCCACGACGGCGGACGUCGUGCAGUUGCUCGCCGAUGGGACGCCGGAUUUGACGACGCUCCGAGAGAUGCCCGCGGCGGACGUCGACGUUGGGACGAUGAUUUUCGUCAAGGCUGGACAGCAAGUGCCGUUGGAUGGUAUGGUUGUCCACGGCAGCGCGUUAGUGAGCAUUCAACACAUCACCGGUGAGGCUUUGCCGGUGAUGAAGAGAUACGGCGAUGAGAUUCCCGCCGGCGCGAUGAACACCGACGGCGUGCUCGUGGUGAAGAGCUUGAGAUCGAGCGAGGAGAGCACACCGGCGCGAAUCGCGCGACUCACCGAGGCUGCGCAGCGGCGUCGUCCGAAAGUCUCACGAUUGAUCGAUAGCAUAGGAGACCGCUACAGUAAGGCGAUAUUGGCCAUCACCUUUAUUACCAUGGCCGCGGCGCCGAUGGUGCUCGGGAUUCCAUUUUUGGGUCGCGGCGGUGCCAUGUAUCGCAGCUUUGCGUUUUUAUCCUCCGCAGCGCCGUGUGCAUUGUUGAUGUCGCCGCUCGUGUACGUGGCGGCCAUCGGGGCCAUGGCUCGGCGAGGUGUGCUCAUUCGAGGCGGCUUGACUCUCGACGCUUUGGCCGAAGUCGGCGCGGUGGCGCUCGAUAAGACGGGAACCAUCACGACGGGGCAAAUGAGCUGCACGAAUAUCACACAAUUUGAAGACGGUGCGCAACACGACACUGCUCCGAGCGCGUCAGUCAAGGCUCUGGCGUACGCGCUGAGCCUCGAACGCGGUUCGUCCCACCCGAUUGCCGCCGCGGUGACGCAAGCGGCGCGGGGGAUCAUUUUGCCAGACGUCGGUCCCGUGACGGAUUACAAAGUCAUCGCGGGGAGUGGUGUGGAAGGCACGAUCGACGGCAAGCGUGCGCGAUUCGGUAGCUCCGAGUUUGCGCUCGAGCUGUGUAACACUGGCGCUGCGGAAUGCUCCGCCGAGGUCAUCGCGCAAGAGGGCGAAGUGCUCUCUGUGCUCGCGAUUGAGGGCGAAAGCCCGGCGCUGUUUAGGUUUAGUGAUACGCUUAAUUUGCAGGCGCCCGAUGCCAUCGAGUCCCUGCGUACUGGCAAGUGCCGACGGAGAUGGUGGGAGGUGGCGAGCGACUCGACGGGUAUGGAGUUGGCCAUGCUCACGGGCGACAACAAGACGAGCGCCAUAGCCAUGGCUGAGGAGAUCAAGUUGAAACCGGAAGACGUACACGCCGGAUUGACUCCGUCUCAAAAGCUUGCACUGGUUGAAUCAAUGCGAGAGCGCGUGAAAUCCAAGCAAUAUCCUCGCGUGGCCAUGGUUGGCGAUGGUAUCAACGAUGCCCCAGCGCUCGCCGCCGCGGAUGUCGGCGUCGCCAUCGCGUCGACGCCGAGCGAUGCCGCCGCGAGUGCGGCGGAUGUACUGUUGCUCACUAAAGACGAAGGAGGCAUCUCUCAAUUACCAGAGCUGUUUUCCAUCGCCGAGCGCACGCGACGCACUUUACGACAAAACAUCGCACUCGCCGUGGUAUCAAUCUUGGGGUCAGCUAUUCCCGCUCUCUUCGGCGCGUUUCCGCUAUGGUUGGCGGUAUUGCUGCACGAAGGCGCGACCCUCAUGGUGGCGAUGAACUCAGUGCGUUUGCUUGUCACGUUCGGGCGACAGCCGUUGUCCAAGAGUACUACCGUGGCCCUCACGACGUUCACCGUGUUUUGUUGCUUGGGCGCAGCGUACUCGGUGUGCAGCGAAGCGAUUGCCAUUUGGGUCAAACAUUUGCACGUCGCACACUGGAUGAGCGUAAUCACGGCGUUUAAGUCUGCAUGGGCUGGUCUAUUAGCCGGUUGCUUGCACACGCUCACGGGGCCAGACCACUUAGCGGCACUCACGCCACUGACAGUGGGACCGAGCAGAGCGCAAAACGCGUUGAUGGGCGCGCUUUGGGGGCUCGGGCAUAACACGGGUCAAAUUUUAUUUGGAUGUAUUUUCAUCGCUUUGAGGGAUAAAUUACCGCUCAACUUGGAAGUUAUCGGUCAGUUUGGACAAGGAAUCGUCGGUUUGACGCUCAUUAUUAUUGGCGCUAUUGGCUUUUGGGAAAGCAUGGGCGGUCACUCGCACUCACAUUCACACUCACACUCACACUCGCAUUCGCACUCGCAUGGGAGCGAUGUGCCCGCGAAGCGCGAUAGCAGCUUCAUCUCAUGGACGUAUAUUACUGGCACCAUCCAUGGAUUACAACCGGAUUCAUUGUUUCUGCUUUUACCUGCCCUGGCGCUCCCUCGCGUCGAGGCGAUUUCUUUUUUGGCGACGUUCUUCAUCGGAACCAUUAUCGCCAUGGGGACGUACACGUACUGCAUUGGUGCGGGUACGGCAGCGUUGGAGAAGAAUAAUCCCAAGUUUGUGAGCUAUAUCGCUCGUGGAUCGAGCGCCGUCGCGCUCGCCUUCGGUGUAUUAUUUGUCAUCAGCGCCGUAUUUGGUCUUGAUUUGAUUUUUUAG